AUGAACAGUACUAUAUCGAUAUUGCCACAUAAUCAUCAUCAUUCAAUUGAAUCUAUUCAGCAUCCAACAGCUAUAAAUGAAUUAACACCAUCACAUUAUGAUACAGCUGGAGCUGCAAUAUUUAUAGUUGUUGUUCUAUCAUGGUAUGCCAUAGGUAUUGUUUGUAUGUUAGGAAUGCAAAUUCGUGCUCGUGCUGAUACAAUUGAAGAAUGUGCAAGACGUCGAACGAAAUUAUUUAUUCAAACUCUUCGUGAUCAAACUCAAACAAAAGAAAUUCUUGAAGAACUUGUCGAUAAACAAAAACGUGAUAAACUUUGGGAUAUUUAUUUAGGAAAAACAACUAAUGAUAAAUUAAGACGUGCUGAUACUCGUCGUAUAAGAAAUAUUAAAAAACAAUUAGCUGUUAUUAAUCGUGAUCGUAUAUAUAUGAAUGAUACAAUAGUAACACCAGUUGUAAAUAAUUUUAUUCGUCGUACAUCCGAUCCACAAGCAAUAAUGAUACCAAAUCUUUCAUUAAUUGAAAGCCAACCACGUAUUCGACGUCGAUCAUCAUUAGAUUUGCAAAUCAUUGAACGAUGGAAAUCAUUGGCUAAUCAAAGUAAAACACAUGAACAAUUACCAUGGUCUAUUAGAAAAUUACUUAUAUCUCGUCAUUUUCGACGAUAUGGUAAACGUGUACCAGAUAGAUCUGAACAAAUUAAUAAACCGGCAACUGAUUUAUCAUUAAAUCAAAGACAUUUAGGAUGUAUUGAUGAUGAACAACGUUAUCUAUUACCAUUUGAUAAAAGAGUUAACAAUAAUAAUAAUAAUUUACAUCGAAUAACAGAAGAAACAAAUGAUCGAUUAAAUCCUUAUACAACUUAUUUUCAUUUGCCUAUAAAUGAAAAUGUUCAAUCAAACCUGCAAAAUAUACCACUUGUAACUAUUAAUUCUGAUCAUUCGAUCAUUCAAUUGUGUUCUGAUGAAUCUCAAUGUUAA